AUGGUGGAUUGCGUUUAGGUGAAAUGGAACGUGACUAUUUGGUCGGUUAUGGUGCUGGGGAUGGUGUCAGCAUUGCAAAUUUGCAAGUGUAUGGUAACAAUGCAAAUGCCUUAUGCUGCAAAGUUACUUUUUCAAGAACUCCAAAGUAUGAACAUUGA